AUGGCCAACAACCAAACAUUGAGGGAGCUGGCUGCCCCGGAGCUGACUCACCAGCCCUUAUGCAUCACAUUCCCCGCUUUGGCUGAGAAUACCGCUUUCGAACUGAAGUCGGGGUUGAUUCAACUCUUACCCUCUUUCCAUGGUCUCUCUGGCGAAGAACCCCACAAGCACGUAAAGGAGUUCGAGGUGGUCUGCUCUAGUAUGAAACCUCCUGGGGUCACUGAAGAGCAAAUUAGACUGAGAGCCUUCCCGUUCUCUCUCAAAGAUGCAGCUAAAGAUUGGCUGUACUACCUACCAGCAGGUAGUAUUACCACAUGGGCGCAGCUGAAAAAGAAAUUCUUGGAAAAAUUCUUCCCUGCAUCCCGGGCUGCGAGUUUGAGGAAGGAGAUCUGCGGCAUAAAACAAUACCCCGGUGAGUCCUUGUACGAAUACUGGGAAAGGUUUAACAAGUUGUGCACUAGAUGCCCGCAGCAUCAAAUUAGUGAGCAACUGUUAAUCCAAUACUUCUCCGAAGGGCUCCAAUCAACCGAUAGGAGUAUCAUCGACGCUGCAAGUGGGGGAGCACUGGCAAACAAGACACCAAGGGAAGCGUGGGAGCUCAUCGAAGCCAUGGCAGAGAACUCCCAGCAAUUUGGCUCCCGUGAGAGCAACCCUCCCCGUAGAGUCAACGAGGUAGAGAUUUCAUCCUUACAGCAGCAAAUGUCAGAACUGACGUCAGUUGUUAGGCAAUUAGCCAUGAGAGACGCGCCGCGAGCGAAGGUGUGUGGAAUAUGCACUAGCAUGAACCAUUGCACAGACUCGUGCCCCAUUUUGCAAGAGGACGGGGCGGAACAGGUAAACAUGGCCGGAGACGUGCCCGCGCCCCGCAGGCAGUACGACCCAUACUCCAAUACGUACAAUCCGGGCUGGAGGGACCAUCCCAAUCUCAGUUAUGGGAACAGGCAACAAAAUGCAUUUCCAAAUCGUCCACCAGGAUUCCACCAGCCAUGGUAA